GUCCGCCUGUCUAACCGGAGCCGCUGCGACAGGAACGACCAAGGAGCCACGGAGCGGAGCGACACGGGCCUUUUUUGAGCUGAUCUCGGUGGAUUAACGCGGCGCACAGUCGCUUCCUCGCACAGGCUUUUAUUUCGGAGAGCAGCGCUUCCUCGCCAAUGGCCAGCCCGGUGUCAGACCCCGGACAGUCUCAUCAGCAUCACCCCGGCAGCGAGUCGGCCGCAGACUCCGCGUUUCUGGAGGCGCAGAAAUGGAUCGAGGCGGUGACUGGCAGAUGCUUCGGUGACAAGGACUUCAGAGGAGGCCUGGAGAACGGGAUCCUGCUGUGCGAGUUGCUCAGCUCCAUCAAACCCGGCCUGGUGAAGAAAAUCAACAGACUUCCAACGCCCAUCGCUGGCCUGGACAACCUGAGUGUGUUUCUGCGUGGCUGUGAGGAGUUGGGACUGAAAGGCUCCCAGCUGUUUGACCCUGGAGAUCUGCAGGACACGUCGACCCGCCCCAACACCAAGGGAACCGAUUGCAGUCGAAAACUGAAGAAUGUUCUGAUCACCAUCUACUGGCUGGGUCGUGCUGCCAACAGCUGCACCUCGUACAACGGGCCCACGCUGGACCUGAAAGAGUUCGAAGGCCUGCUGUCACAGAUGCGAAAGGAGGUGGAGGACGCCGAGAGCCCCAAACGCAGCAUCCGGGACAGCGGCUACAUCGACUGUUGGGACUCCGAGCGCAGCGACUCUCUCUCCCCGCCGCGCCACGGCCGCGAGGACUCCUUCGACAGCCUGGACUCCUUCGGCUCGCGCUCACGACAGACGCCGUCGCCGGACGUCCUGGUCGCCCGCGGCAGCAGCGAUGGCCGCGGCAGCGACUCCGAGUCGGACGCUCCGCCCCACAGGAAGAUGCCAGAUGUCCGUAAGGACGACAUGUUGGCUCGACGGACCUCCGUCAGCGAGCCGCGAGCCGCCAUGCCCUUCAACCAGUACCUGCCCAACAAGAGCAACCAGAGCGGCUACGUGCCCACGCCGCUCCGCAAGAAGAAGAGCGACAAGGAGGAGGGAGGGCGCAAGAGCUGGAGUACCGCCACCUCGCCUAUAGGGGGAGACAGACCCUUCAGGAGCGUGAGCAUGAUCGACAUGCGUGGCGAGGAGGAGGCCGGCCUGCAGCCCCACAGUCAGGUCCGCCACGAGCUGAUGCACAACCAGUACAACAGGAUGAAGGAGGAGGAGGACCACUGGCAGGAUGACCUGGCCCGGUGGAAGAACCGGCGGAGGAGUGUGUCCCAGGACCUGAUCAAGAAGGAGGAGGAGAGGAAGAUGAUGGAGCGGCUGAUGUCAGGAGAGGGCUGCAUCUCCCAGCGCAGGAAAAGCAUCAAAACCUACAGAGAGAUCGUGGAGGAAAAGGAGCGUCGUGAGGAGGAGCUUCGCCAGGCGUACAGGAACGCCAAAACCCCCGAGGAGGCGUCCACCAUCCUGCAGCGUUACGCCCAGCGCUUCUCCAUCAGCGAGGCCGUGCUGGAGCGCCUGGCGCUGCCCAAGCUGCUGGACCGCAGCGUGUCCGCCGACCCCUCCUUCCCCUCCUCACACCUCUCCCUGUCCCUGUCCGCCUCCCCGACCACCCCGGAGCCCGCCGACAUGGACCCCAACGGGCCCAUGAAGUACCUGCGCCAGCAGUCCGCCCCGCUCCCCAAGUUCACGUCCACGGUGGAGGCGCGGGUCGAGGAGUUUCCCAAAGACGCGCAGUCCUCGCAGCACCGGCCGCAGAUCCGCUCUCGCUCAUCGGAGCCGCCGCUCGCUCGAGCCCUGUCGCCCAAACCGGUGCCUUUGCUGACACCCAAGCCUUACGUCCAGUCCCGGCCCGCGGCGGCCGGCCCCUGGCCCAGCAAGGCGGACGGUUUGCUCCGAGUCAACGGCGACGCGGGAAGCGACGACGGUCCCGCCACGCCCGAGAGUCAAGGGAGGGAAUCUCCCCCUCACUUCGAGCCUUCGCCCUCCAAGCCCGGCGAUGACGGCGCGGACGUCCCCGCAGCGUCGACGUCUUCACCCGCACGCAGCACACACUCCUCUCCCGGCCGAGAACGCCCGCCGUCGCCCAAGUCCAAAGAGGAGCCGAGUAGCUCAGAGCCGCUUUCUGAGGACGUCCAGGAGGAGAAAGUCACCGAGCACUCGACCCCGCCGAGCCGGCCCACCUCCCUCCCAACGGAGCUGCAGAAGCAGGGAGAGAGCCCGAGGCAGACCGGAGGCCAGCCAGCAGCCGCUCUGCAGGAGCAGGAGCUGCAGGAAGAGCCUGCAGCCCUGCAGCCUCCAGCCUCAGAUGCCCAGCUAACCCUCCAAGAACAGACUGAAGUACCGAGACAGAACACUCCCCCUCCUGAACUCGUCCAAUCAGAGGCCAGCACGCAGCAAGGCCAACCAGUGACAUCACAGGUCAGCAGCAGCAGCCUGGAGACGUCGCAGUGGAGGGACGGAGCUCCAGUCUCACCUGCUCCUGGCUUACCGGGCUGCCACCUGGCCACAGAGCUUGCAAACACUGUCAGGUCUCCGCUGUCAACCAGCAACCCUAAGUUACGCUGGGAGUUCUUCGCUCCAUCAGAGGAGACGGACAAGGAUUCCCGUAGCAACGUGUCAGGGCCGGUGUUGCCCCAGGCCAGGCGGGGUGACCGCUGGUCUUGGGACCCGGAUGAGGAGCGAAAGCGUCAGGAAAGGUGGCAGCAAGAGCAGGAGCGCAUGCUGCAGGAGAAGUACCACCGCGAGCAGGCGAAGCUGAAGGAGGAGUGGGAGAAGGCGCAGAGGGAGGUGGCCGAGGAGGAGAGGAAGUACCACGAGGAGGAGCGCAGGAUACUGGAGGAGACGGUGACCCCGCUGACGCCCCGCUCCUCAGCCCUGCCCUCCCCCAUCAGAGGGGAGCUCCCCGCCCCCUCGGAGCCUCAGGACACCAUCGUCCGCUCGCUGGCCGACUGGGAGCGCAAGCAGGAGCUGCUGGAGAGGCAGUCGAGGGGGAGCACGGAGAACGUGGAGUGGAAACGGAGGGAAAACGACCGGACGAGUGACAUCAGCACGGCGGACGACAGCAUGAAGACAAGCAAGAGCUUGUUGACUCAGAGCAGCAGCCAGGUGGAGACGCUCAGUCAGAACGGACAGAAGGCUCCUCCGGCUCCGACCAAAACCCCGACCGCAGGCAAGAGGCAGCAGGAAGCUCUACCAGACAGCAAGAGGCUCAGCCGGACUGCAGGAGACAGGAGGUGCGUUCCCAUUGAUAAUAACACGGGCCGCAGCCCGUCUAAGUCCCCUGCACCCAGCCCGCUGCCAGACACGCUGCCUCCAACGCCAAACAGGUCCGUCAGUGGGAAGAAGCUGUGCUCCAGCUGUGGUCAGCCUUUAGGAAAAGGAGCGGCCAUGAUCAUCGAGACUCUCAGCCUCUACUUCCACAUUCACUGCUUUAAGUGUGGGGUGUGUAAGGGACAGCUCGGCGACACGACCACGGGGACGGACGUCCGGAUCAGGAACGGCCUCCUCAACUGCCACCAGUGCUACAUUCGAUCCCGCUCCGCCGGCCAGCCGACCACGUUGUGACGACGCCCAGCUGACAGAAAAGCACAAUGUUCGUGGAAGAAAUCCCAUCCUUCUCUAAGUAGAUUCUGUGCAGAUCGUGUCCUCCAAAGCGUGUCGGGACCUUGGCUCCCCCCUGCAGCUCAUCACCCGGAGCUCCAUCCUGCCGACCGGACAGGAAACACUCCAACGCCACACACACACACACAAAAAAAAAAAAGAAAAAAAACAAGAACAGAAACCGUGUUUUUGUAUGUGUGUCAUCCGAUACGUGAAUGAAAUGAAUCCCCCUGUGGAUUUGAUUGGUCCGUGCGCUCCAUCGCAGGCUCCGUCUGAUCUGAUCAUGCACUGAGAGAGAAACCACCCCCGGGGUGGCGGCCAUUUUAAAUUUGAGUUCCCUCCGUGGAAACGCAGCGACAUUCACUGAGGCUGAGACACAGGUAGACUAGACUGACACAGCCAACAUCAACAAAUCUCUAAAAAUACUAAUAAUUUGCUGCUGUCCAGGUUUUGUAAUAUAAUCCCAUUCUAACUGGAAAUUGUGGGGAAAAAAAUCCCAUCUAAUUCCAUAUAAUGGAAAAUACACCCCGUAUAAAUGACUUGAUUCACCAACAUGAGCUCUGGUUAUUAUUUGACAAUUAUUUUUCCUUAACUUUACCUCCUUAUUUGGGGUUAUCGGUGCAAAAAAAAAGAGAAAAGAAGAGAAAAAUAGAUCCAAAGCCUGGAUAGAAAACUUGAUAUGUGGUCAGACAGAUCAGACUGGAUUUUUUUUAUUUUAUUUUAUUUUAUUUUUUACUUUUUUCACUAACCUAUAACAGAAAAAUGCAGUUUAACACCGUAACAAAACAAACUAUAGUAAUCCUAUAUUCAAAAUUCAUCAGGAUGCUAUAUAAACUCCCUGUAGGAAUAUCAUAGUGAGAGAAAAACACCAUAAAGUGCAAUAAUUUCAGUCAAAACUAUAAACUACUGAUUACCACACACACACACUAAGACCUUAGAGGAAUAUUAGAGUGAUUUCUUUUUUUUUUUUUUUUUUCAGUAAAAUCCCUUCGACCCCCCCACAGCAACUUCCUCCAUGUCUCUCGUUCUGUGCUCGGAGUAAAAUUAGCUUUUUUAUUUUUCAUUUCUUUUCUUUUUUUUUUUCCAGUUUUAUUUGAACGUAGUUGCAUCAUCAGGGCAAUAACUCGACUUUGUGAGCUGCCUCUGUGCUUCGGGUCACGUCAGGUCGUCUCCUCGGCCGGCCUCUCAGCUUCGGAAAGUCAGGACUUCAUGUGCCUUAGGAAAGAAGAGGGAGACGAAACCCCACCGGCCGUCGUGUCGUUUUGUCUGCUUGAUCCCGUUUUUUUAACUCAGAGCUCGAGCCGCAGACAGAAAGGCUGCAUCCCCUCCCCUCCCCUCCCCUCCUCACUCACACACACCCUCCUCAUCCUCCCUCUCUCUUGUGAUUCCUCUGUGAUUUGCAGUGAUAACAACAACAACAACAACAAAACAAGCCAAUGCAAAGGAACACAGUUUGUCCUCCUUGGAAAUAUUUGAUAUUUAGGCCUAGAUCUCUGCAAGGGAAACCAUCGAUUUUACUCUGAAUGUCGUUUUAUUCUAGAGCAAACGCAUAGACUCCUGUAUGCCGUUAUAACUGAGGUGUAAUUUUGAUAAAUGCUCAGUGGUAGGACUCAUUUUCAACAACCAAAACCCACCAGUACACGUGACAUCUAGUGGCAGAGGUGAUGUGAUGAACUCUUUAUACCAGCAGUUGCACCUGUGCAAUAUUUGGUUGGAUCAAACUGAGGAUUUGUGCCGCCAGUUGGACAUUUUUCAGUCACUUGCUUCUUUUUUUUUUUUUUCCUUUUUUUCUUUUUUCUUUUUUUUUUUGGAACCUGUAUGAGAAGAACUCGGUUGUGUAUUUGUGGAUGUAAAUGCACGUUUUAAGCCUAAAACCAAAUGAUUUUGCUGUAUGAGAGCAAACUAGCAGCCUCCUCCUCCUCCUGGACUCCCUGAAUCAUGUCCUAGCCAAGCUUCGCCCUCCUCCUCCUCCUCCUCCUCCAGGUUUAUUUCUCUGAUAUCCAGUAUUUUUAAGCUUCGGUUCUGAUUGUGUAUUUUAUUUUCUAUUUUUUAUCCUUAUUUAGUUGAUGAUGAAUAAAUCUCGGCUGAGUCUCUUCGCAGGAGGAUCUUUUUUUUUUUUUUUUUGGAGGGGAAAGGAGAAAUUGUCCAGACGGUCUUAACAGGAUAGCUUGGGAAUGAAAACCUUUACGUCUGUUCUGUAUUUAUUGUAAUAUUCACCUGAAACACUAUCCGAAAUAUAGAUUAAUUUGAUGUUAAAAUGCAACGGCAUUUAUAGCAUA